UUGGCUUGUCAUUUUCUCUCGGCGCUCGCUCCCUAGCUAUCAGGUCGCGGCCUUCCAUGCACGGACGAUGUAGCGAUGCACUGGCGCUGAUCUCGCGGAUUGUGCCAUCGCUGGACACACUUUGCGCAUUCCCUCUAAUUUUAGAAAGAAAGAAAAAACACUGAUCGGGAUACAACACGCGGGCUCUGAUCCCCGUGUCCACCAUAGAUCAAUUGGUUAAAGGGACGGAGGUUACUCGAUUUAUCGCUCUGAUCCUCAGCGAGUGUCUUUGGGAGGAUUCGAUUCUCAGGAACAUCUAGGAAAAGAAGAUCAAAGCAUCAUCGGUGCCUUUCUCUGCGUGUUUUAUUCACACACGGACACACUGUCACGGGAAUUAAGGACCAUACUGAGAUCACACAGCCCGAUGCUGUUGAGCGCAUCCGGAACCGAUCGUUCCAGUGCUUUAUAAGAUGCGGUGUGUUUGUCAGAGAGGAUGGCGUGUGUGAGAUGGAACUUCAGUGAGUCAGUGCAGAGGUCAUCGGGGUCAUCAGUGGUCAUGUGGUCCACACGCCUACUCUUGCUCUUCGCCCUCUUUACACCUGUCACACUCGUUUUAAGUCGUGCUCCGGUGCCUAUGGCUGUGGUGCGUCGAGAGUUGUCAUGUGAGGGCUAUCCUAUUGAACUGCGCUGCCCGGGCACGGAUGUCAUUAUGAUCGAGAGCGCCAAUUAUGGGCGCACAGAUGACAAGAUCUGUGACUCGGAUCCCGCUCAGAUGGAGAACACUCGCUGCUAUCUGCCUGACGCCUACAAGAUUAUGGGCUUCAGGUGUAACAACAGAACUCAGUGUGCAGUCGUUGCUGGUCCUGAUGUUUUUCCUGAUCCCUGUCCUGGAACGUACAAAUACCUUGAGGUUCAGUACGAGUGUGUGCCAUACAAAGUGGAGCAGAGAGUCUUUCUCUGUCCAGGUGUACUGAGAGGUAUUUACCAGAGCGAACACCUAUUUGAGUCUGACCACCAGUCUGGAUCAUGGUGUAAAGACCCACUACAGUCAUCAAAUAAGAUCUACUACAUGCCCUGGACACCGUAUCGCACAGAUACACUGACUGAGUACUCAUCUAAAGAGGACUUUAUUGCAGGUCGCCCCACCACCACAUACAAACUACCGCAUCGGGUGGACGGCACAGGGUUUGUGGUGUUUGAUGGUGCACUUUUCUUCAACAAGGAGCGUACACGCAACAUCGUUAAAUUUGACCUGCGAACUCGUAUCAAGAGUGGCGAAGCAAUCAUCGCUAACGCCAACUACCACGACACAUCGCCAUAUCGCUGGGGUGGGAAAUCCGACAUCGAUCUGGCAGUAGAUGAAAAUGGACUCUGGGUGAUUUACGCCACCGAACAGAACAAUGGACGAAUUGUUGUAAGUCAGCUCAACCCUUACACACUGCGUGUUGAGGGGUCAUGGGAUACGACAUACGAUAAGCGUUCGGCCUCCAACGCGUUCAUGAUCUGCGGAAUCCUCUAUGUAGUGAAGAGCGUUUAUGAAGAUGAUGAUAACGAAGCACUGGGGAAUAAAAUCGACUAUAUGUACAACACAGACAAGAGUCGUGAAACGCACCUCAGCAUUCCAUUCCCAAAUUCAUACCAAUAUAUCUCAGCUGUAGACUACAACCCCCGAGACAAUUUGCUGUAUGUGUGGAACAACUACCAUGUUGUCAUAUAUUCCCUGGACUUUGGAAACAACGACAACAGACUGGGCUUUGAUCCUCCUUCUUCAGUCCUGCUGCCUGAUGCUCUUCCUCCAGUUCGAAGCUCAACAACUCCUCCUCGGCCAUAUACAGGCACGCUUCGCCCCACUCUCACUACUACGACGACCACUAUGGCUCCGCCCCGCCGCCAUAACAACAUCCUCCCAGAAGCCCUGACACGGUCACCUCCCUCCCCGCAGACUCCAGUCACUGUUGACUAUUGCUCUCCACGUCUCACUGCCGAAAUCUCCUGGCCACGGACGCACCAGGGACAAGUUGCUAAGCAACCAUGCCCACCUGGCACCAUAGGUGUAGCUACGUUUAAGUGUUUGCUUGGCUACUGGGAACCAAAGGGACCCGAUUUGAGCAACUGCACCUCACCCUGGACCAAUCACAUUACUCAGAGAAUGAGAUCGGGUGAGACUGCUGCCAUGGUAGCACGGGAGUUGGCUGAACAGACGAAGGGAGAGUUGAGACCCGGAGACGUUCCCUCUACAGUUAAAGCCAUGGCACAGCUGGUGGAACUACUGGACGUACAGCUGCGUAAUCUCACCCCAGGAGGAAAAGACACUGCAGCACGUAGCUUAAACAAGCUUCAGAAAAGAGAGAGAUCCUGCCGUUUAUUCAUACAGGCCAUGGUAGAGACGGUAAAUAACCUGCUGCAGGUGAGAUCUCAGACGGCGUGGAGAGAGCUGUCUGUGGCUGAGCAGCUGCGAUGUGCAACAAUGCUACUAGACACGGUGGAGACAGGAGCCUUCAUGCUCGCAGACAACCUCCUCAAAACAGACACCAUACAAGAGAGCACCGACAACAUCCAACUGGAGGUGGCACGUCUGAGUACAGAUGGCAGUCUGACUGAUCUAAGUUUCCCUCAGUCUGGACUAACAGGCAACUCCAUCCAUCUCUCAGCCAACACACUAAAACAACAAGGACGCAAUGGUGAGAUCCGCUUGGCACUGGUUCUCUAUAAGAAUCUGGGCCAGUACUUGUCCACGGAGAAUGCUAGCGUGAGGCUGAGCAGUGAAGCGGCCUAUCCAAACCAUUCCCUGAUAGUCAACUCACCUGUUAUUACCGCAGCCAUUAAUAAAGACAGUAACAAAGUCUACCUAUCUGAACCUGUGGUCUUCACUGUCAAACACAUACAGCAAUCAGAAGAGAACUUCAAUCCAAACUGCUCUUUUUGGAGUUACUCCAAACGCACCAUGACUGGAUAUUGGUCCACUCAGGACUGCAGACUACUGGGCACCAACCGCACACACACCUCCUGUUCCUGCACACACCUCACCAACUUUGCAGUGCUUAUGGCCCACGUGGAAGUCAAGAAAUCGGACCAGGUGCACGAGCUGUUGUUGGACGUCAUAACGUGGGUGGGGAUCCUGCUGUCUCUGGUCUGUCUGCUCAUCUGCAUCUUCACCUUCUGUUUUUUCCGCGGUCUCCAAAGCGACAGGAACACCAUCCACAAGAAUCUCUGCAUCUCGCUCUUCAUUGCCGAAACACUGUUCCUCACCGGCAUCAAUCGCACCGACCAGCCUAUUGUGUGCGCCGUGUUUGCGGCCCUGUUGCAUUUCUUCUUUCUGGCUGCAUUUACGUGGAUGUUUCUGGAAGGUGUUCAGCUGUACAUCAUGCUGGUGGAAGUGUUCGAGAGCGAGUACUCGCGCACCAAGUACUUCUAUCUCACCGGAUAUGGAGUGCCUGCUGUUAUAGUGGCUGUGUCUGCUGCGGUGGACUUCCGCAGCUAUGGAACCGAAAGAGUAUGCUGGCUAAGGUUAGAUACAUACUUCAUAUGGAGUUUUAUUGGGCCUGCUACUCUAAUCAUCAUGCUGAAUGUUAUUUUCCUGGGUAUUGCACUCUAUAAGAUGUUUCACCAUACGGCGAUUCUAAAACCUGACUCUGGUUGCCUGGACAACAUCAAGUCGUGGGUCAUAGGUGCCAUAGCUCUGCUGUGUCUUCUUGGUCUGACCUGGGCGUUUGGGCUGAUGUAUAUCAAUGAGAGUACAGUCAUCAUGGCCUACCUCUUCACCAUCUUCAAUUCGCUGCAGGGAAUGUUCAUCUUCAUAUUUCACUGCAUCCUGCAGAAAAAGGUGCGUAAGGAAUAUGGCCGGUGUCUUCGCACACACUGCUGCAGUGGAAAGAGUGUGGAAUCAACUAUCUCCACUUCAACUAAGACUAGCACAGCCCGCACACCUGGACGCUAUUCCACCAAUUCACAGAGUCGUAUUCGUAGGAUGUGGAAUGAUACCGUCAGAAAGCAGUCAGAAUCAUCUUUCAUCACGGCUGAUCUGAACAGCACAGCCACACUCAACAGAGGUACCAUGGCUAAUCAUCUCAUCUCCAAUGCUCUGUUACGUCCUCAUGGCACUAAUCCCUAUAACACACUACUUGGAGAGUCUGCUGUGUACAAUAACCCAACUGCCAACAUGUUCAACACGCAAGCCUCCUACAGAGAUUCAAAGAGCAUUCUGAAUAAUGCACGAGACUCCAGUGUCAUGGAUACGCUGCCACUUAACGGUAACCAUGGCAACAGCUACGGUGUGACAGCAGGUGAUUACCUUACCUACAGUUCUCGUGGCAGCGAGCCGCCAACUACGCUUGAGAAAAAGAUCUUGAAAGAGCUGACGGCAAACUACGCUCCGUCGUACCUAAACACUCAAGAGCGACAGGGGAAAGCUCACCAGGGGACCUUAACCAACAAACUCAACAACCACCUGGCCAACGGAGGGGUCACGGGGUCAUCAUCCAUCACCAAGGAAGAAGUAAUGGUGCUCGAUAACCCUGGAGCGUUUCAUCGGCAUGAUGACGGGGGUGGGUUAAGCUUAGAGCUCAUUAGGGAGGAGUCACAAGCACCGCUCCUCCCACCGAGACCGCCCCCACCAGAAAACCAUGCCCCCUUGCACACGUUCUCGGCCCACCGGCGACUGCCACAGGAGAAUAGCGAGAGCUUCUUCCCACUGCUCCCUAAUGACACACACACACACUCCUCGCACACGCAAACUCCCCGUGCGCACACACACUCCCCGCUAAGAGACUCGCUCUAUACCAGCAUGCCCACUCUGACUGACCUCCCACACGGCACUGAUGACCUCAUCAACGGUCUCCAUGACGACGAAGAUGAUGAGGAAGACGAUGGCGAGGAGGAAGAGGGAAGGGAACUGCACCUGACCAAUGGCAAAGGGGUUGUCAUGGAGACAGACGACGUGUACUACAAGAGCAUGCCGAACCUGGGCUCGCGGAACCACAUACAGGAACUAGAGAGCUACUAUCAGAUGGGUCGGGGGGGCAGUGACGGGUUCAUCGCCCCACCUGAGAAAGAAGACUCAUCACCCGAAGAACAGCCACCAGACCCCUCACAGCUGGUCACAAGCCUGUAGACACUGACACAUAUACACACACACACACACACGCAUUCUGACUGGUGUGUGUGUGUGACACAAUGCACAAGGCAUGGGAUACACUACCUACUGCACUGAUAGACCUCUAGAAAGACUGAUUCCAGAUAGCCCCUGGCUCCAGUAAAUACAAGUAUCCUGUACCAAUCUGCACCAAAAUCCUGUUCGAGUUAGAGCCAGUAACCAGAAUUGGUAACCCAUUCCUGCGCUAGAACGAGCGUAGGCAGGUCUCGUGGACAUUUUCUCGUGAAUCUCCUUGUAAACUGAUCUGUUGAAUAAAACUAUUCACAGAAACGCUAGUCAAUUAGGAGACGUGAAUUCCAGUCAGACAAACUUUUUCCUCCCUCAAUCAUUUGCAUUGCACUCCUUAACCUCCAGAAAGGCCACUAUAAAAACCUUCAUCCAAUGCCGACAGCCAUUCUCCUCAAAGCUCUUAAAGGAUUAUGCCAAUGUGUGGAGGGCGUGUAAAUGCCAUUUUAGAUGACUGUGUAUGAUAAUGUGACCACCAACCCAGACUCUGAACUCUUCGAUCAUACUGAACUGUAUAACCCACAAUUUCUCUAGACUUCUCUAUGAUUCUGUGCUGCACACAUUCCUUCUCGUUUCGCACCGAUCUUGUUUCUGAGCGUAAAAUCACACAAGCGCAUCUAAUCUUUAAGACUGAGGAAGCAUCUCUUUUUCGUACGUUUAUGUUUCAGUAAUAAUCUCAGUUAUCGAGAGGUAAUAUUCACUAAUUACAACGAAAUGGAGCAAAUUUUCAUGCAAAAUGUAAAGUUCCCUGAUAUUGCAUAUGAUCUUAUGCGUUUCAUGUUUUUGACAUAUUUUGCCCCUUGUAUGUGUUUUUAUAGACUAGACCAAUCCCAUGAUGCUGUGAUGGUCCUCCAUAAUACUUUUCCUUAUAACACACAGCACACACAUAUCAACAUUCAUAACCCACAUUCUCUCUUCUUAAUAGCCAAAAAACACUGUUGCAGUUCUCUUGUUUGAAAGGAUGACCAUCACACUCUCUUUUUUUCCAAAUGCAACACUUUGUCAUUCUAAUUCCCACUGUGUUGAUUAUUUCCAAGAGACUCUGGGGAACCGACUGUUUUGUGAUGGACAGCUAUUGCAGAUGGGAUCCCAUAGCUGUCCAUGAUACUGGAAUGUUGUAAUGUCAUGAAUUCUAGAGUGCUUACCCUUGAACACAUCACAUUUUGUGUUCCAGAGCAGAAAUUGUCCUUUGGAUGCAGGUUGAAGAAUUAUGGCUAUUCCAGUCAUUUGAGUUGUUUGGACCUCAUUGUAACCAGGCUAAAAUUGUUCUCAGGCUAAACAAUUUUUUGUUAUCUUAUUGUGAAGAUUUCACAUACCAAUUCUAUUUUUAACAGUUCAGUCAAAAAGGGUAAGAUUAAAAAAAACUAGUGGCAAAGUGUAUCGAAACUAUUUACCUGGUCCAAGUCCAGUUGAAUUUACAUUUAAAUUUGUGGACUGGAGAAAUCAUGAUUUAAAGUCAUGCAGUCCAGAUGGAGCAUGUGUAAACAAAUAAAUUAGCCCUGUAAAUGAACUACAGACAAGGAGUAUGGGACCUUAAACCGAGUGGUUUUGAAGAUGGCAACAGCCUUGAAAAUGUUGUUUUCUAUAAAACUACUGUUUACUUGAUCUUAGACUGAGACUCCCUGUAGCUUGCACAUCUUUCCCUUGUUAACCCACCCUGAGAAAAUUGACAUAUUUAUUCCUGUGAUUCAGUCUUUUUUUUAUUCUUCAUUUUUCAACAGAUCAGAAAUGUAGGAUCUUAGAGAGGGUUGUAAAAGAAUCGGAUUGGCACUGAGACCUUUUUUAUUGUUAUUAUCAUCAAUAUUAUUAUUAUUACAGUAUCAAUGAAAUUAUUAUUUAUUCUUUUCAUAUGCAUUCUAAACUGAAUGAACUCAUAACUAAUAUUUGUUGUAACAGUGAAAGUUGUUUGCCAACAAAUAAAAUGACUGAAUUAAUAUUUACAAUA